ACUAGAGCGUAUUUUUAAACAGUUCUUUUAACUGCAAAACGAAAUUAAAUCAAAAAUAGACUAUGUGAAAAAAUAGUCGAAAAAAUAUAUCAAAAUUAGUGCUAAUAAUUGCAGAGAUUAAAUACUCAUAAAUAGGCCGAAGCCAACAACAAAUAAGCCAAAGCAACAACUACAAAACAUAUCGCAGAAGAAUCUUCUUUUUGUUGAGUUUAAUUGCGUCAAAAAGAAGAAAUAAAAAUGAAUUGCAGAUCAUGAAGUGAAGCUGAAAAAAAAUUAAAGAAGCAACUGAGCAACAUCCAAAAACAAAAACUGAAACUGAGAAAAAUGUCAGCAACUUUAGUACAAAAGAAACUUAAUAAGCAAACGAAACUGAAUAGUAACUUAAAGGAGAAGCAGACGAAUGAGAAGCAGGCAGAAUCGAGGCUAACAAGGACAGCUGUGGGCGUGGCAAGUCCAACACAUGUUGCGACCAUAUCUUUGAUGCUGCAAUACGAUAUCGAUAAUACACUGAAUGCGCUCAAGGACCAAACGCAUUCAAAGACACAACGGCAACGGAAUGCGCUAAUGGAUCUAACAGCAAGCAACACCAACAACCAAAUCAACCACCACCACAACAACAACAACAACAAUUGUAACAACUAUAAGAAAGACGAGUAUAACAAUCUGAGGGAGGAGAUGCCAUCGCAAAUGCCAACAUCGUCGGUCAGUCCCAGCGUCGAGGAGGAACUGGAGGUGGAGGACAUUGUUACCGGCAAAACAUGUGUUGGUAUCCCAAAUGGCUUUCUGCCGCCCACACCUCCAGCCACGCCCAAUUUACAGAAUACUGCGCAGAAACGUUGGCGUAUUCUGGCCAAAGUUUUGCGUAAGGAUUCCGAGGAAACGGUGAGCUCAUCUAGCGAUGAAUUCAGUGAGGAACAAACCGCUUCUGUGCGACGCUUCAAGAGCUUCGAUCUGUUGCGCCAGGACAGCUUUGAGGAUCAUGUGAGCCUCAAGUGUCUGGGGAAGACCGAGAACUGGUACAAAUAUCGCAUGCAAUUGCACAAUGAUAUCGAGUAUUCGGUGAACAUUCAUCACAUGGAACGACAGCUGACGGCCAACGAUCUCAUGGGCUUCAACAACACGGGCAACAUUUGUGUGUGGCCCUCGGAGGAGGCACUUACCGCCCUCGUGCUCUCCGAUCUUGCCGCGUAUCGUGGCAGAUGGAUAUUGGAGCUGGGCGGUGGCUUCACCUCCUUGGCUGGAUUAAUGUUGGCCAAAUAUGCCAAGCCAUAUGCUGUACAUCUCACCGAUGGCAACGAGGUGAGCGUCGAGAAUGUCCGCAAGACUGUCUGCCUCAAUGAGUUGAGUUGCUACACCAAAUGCUCCGUGUUAAAGUGGCAAGAGGCAUCGGCACGUGCCCAGGCCGAGCAGUCCAAGUUUGAGUUUAUCCUCUGCGCGGAUUGUCUGUUCUUCGAUGAGGCAAGAUCGGCGCUAGUCGAUACCAUCUGGUAUUAUUUGGCACCCCAUGGAGUUGCCCUCAUCAUGGCGCCCCGUCGCGGCCGCACUCUCAAUGUGUUCCGGGAUGAGUGUGUGGCACGUGGCUUUCAAGUUGAUUUGGCCACACGCUACAAUGAGACCAUUUGGCAGCGUCAUCUUCAGCUUAAGACGGACUCGGCCCUCUACGAUGAGGACUUACACUAUCCCAUUCUGUUGCGCCUCUGCAAGUCGCACAGCUAGAGCAUUGCACCAAGGGGCAAAGGAUGUUAAGAUUACGGGGUACAAUUACGGCCAGCUGGCUUAGUAGGUUCAAUUAUCGUUUAGUCAAUGUUUUAGUUGAUAGCAAGCAAAUUCCAGUUUACACCUAUAAAUAUAAAAAUGAAAAAAAAAACAAACAAACUAAAUGAGGCCCCAUUUAAGUAAAUAUUAUUAAAAGUGCAGGUCCGAAUAAAGAAUUCCUCCCACAUUGCACCAAAAA